GAUAUGCAUUUCAAAUGACUUCCUCUCGUGCGCCUUCCGGGAACGCUUUGGAUGCACAGCGAUUAGCAUUGGCUGUCUUUCUAGCUAGACGCGAUGUGCUCCGCAUGCUUUCCUCCUCAGCGGACGAGCAGCAGUUCUCUUCUCCUCGAGCUACUGGUUGUCGACCGCGCCGGAUAACUGACAGAACUACCUACUCCAUGCGGUCUUCCCGGUUUGGUGGGCACGCUGCUGAACCCGCAGUCAAGUCAUCUAACUUCCAUUAUCCGUGCCCCCCAGGCACAUCCACGUCACCGCCCCGUGCUUUCUCCCCGCCUACCCACGACCCAGGGCCUAAACCUCCUCCUCGUCAAACGCGACCAUUGCAUGCCCCAACGGAUAGACAGCUACAAAAUUCGAAGGACUCACAUUUACGUCAGUUGCGGUCUAAAAUUGAACGAUAUACUUCAGCACUCGCAGCUCUGCGCAUUCAGCAGGACGUCAAGAAGUGCUCUACCCCUGACAUCAGCGAACCCUCUUGUCCUCCGCCUAAUUUGAGGAGGAAGCCCCAAAAUCUGUUUUCACCCCCAAAACGUUCCGCCAAACCAAAUGGUCGUGUUACAUCCGUACUACAUCCUCGGGCGGUUCCAUUGCGUAUGAAAGCAUCUGUCCUCCCACGGACGUCUUCUCGCAGUGUACCUCUUAGAGCUUCUACUUCCGUCACUGAAUACCCAAUCACUCCAAGCUCUAAACGCGCUGCCGAUCACAGCCUUUACAAAUCAGAUCCGGACCUGGUGAAUACUCUGUGGAAUGAAGCUUUGACAGCGCUGCGCAACGCCCAUACGGAUGCUGUGGUUUUAAAGCCGGAUUCAUGCUCCAGUAUUCAGCAGAUUCAAGAUUUGAACUACCCGCCACCCGUCUCACUUUCUCGAUCACAUGUCACUGCGGAUGCAACCACCGCAACAUCUCACACUGACGGACUUGGUGAUUCUUCCACUGCUGUGCACAUACCUCCCUACGAACCAGCGAUCGCACCUCAUCCUCCUAUCGAGACGGAUUCUCUUUUGGAACAGUUGCACAAAGUACACCUUGAAGAGGAGGCAAUACGUCGUCGGUGGACGCACUUAUCAUCUGUGUCUGUUGACAAGUCUGUCCACAACGAAACAGAUUCAGUAAAUAACGAAGACCGUGCACUCGCAUGCAGCGAACCCGGUCCUUCCGAUCAAUUUCAGCCCAAAGGGGUUUCUUUUCGGAAGUCCUUCAGUCGUACAUCAGUUCCAACACCGCUGGCCACUUCGACUGACGAUCCUGUCGCGUUUCGUGGCGACUCCGUCGCAACAAUAUCUCCCAUUGCGAAUACAGCUGAAACUGACCUUAUGAAGUUACGCUUACCAACGCGACUUCAUCGUGGGAUCCUAACUGAGGCCGCUCAACGUCAGGCUAAGAUGGAGACAUCUCGCAUGAUAAUGCGCGAUUCUAAUCGUACACCCACUUCUAUCAUUGAUGUGUGUGAAGAUCUGGCCAGUGAUCUGCUGGAGCACUUACUCAGCGAGGUUGUUGCCGAAAUCGAACAUCAGACCUCCCGUUUGAUUGACCAAAUUGUGGAGGGCGAGCUGUGCACAGAGCCGCCAGAUUCCACCUCGUCAUGUGUCAGCAGUAUGCAUGGGAUCGAUUUGCAGCUUGGCUGCAGUGACACUGCUUUCGACAAAGAUGCCAUCCAACCUGUGAAUAAGCAUACCUCCAAAUUAUGUUCCUCACCCCUAUCAUUCCGUGUGACGAAGGAAAACAACCAUGAGAUCCCGUCAGUUGCGGUAACUUAGUUUCUUACUCUGACCAUCGGUGCAUCAUACUGUUCUCAGUGAGAAGGCAAAAAUGUCCAGGUUUUUCAUCGUGCACGCAUCCUUUUCACCACUCACUGCCUUGUGUACUUUUCUCUACGGCAAGUUUUUCGUCUUAAUCCGUAGUUUAUCCUGAUUACUGGUGGCCCUUUUGUGGUUACCACAUACUUUUACAACAUUCUUUUAUUUUUCGAAGUUCCGCCUCAAGUAAAACUUAGGUAUUCCAAGUACACGUUUCCAGCCUUUUGUUUCCGUUUAUUGCGUUCUCAUUCGGCCGAAAUCUACAUUUGUUGCCUAGGCUAGGAACCAUGUUGGAACCAGUCAGUUGUGAUCAUUCGUGUUGACACGGAAUAUACUGCUAACUUUAAC